UGGACCUCAGAUUGAAAACUCCUGACGUAGAGCAAACCUAAUCCCUGCCUUUGCCUUCCCAGAGAGGCAAGGGGGGUGAGGUAAUAUUUUUUUUUAUGGACCAAACUUCUGUUGGUGAGAGAGACAAACUCGGAAGCUUGACUCACUCACCAUCAGAAGUUAGUCCAAUAAAAGAUGUUACCUCGCCCACCCUGUCUUUCUAAUAUCCUGCCACUCGCACCGCUACAACACUUUCCUUCUCAGACAGGCUGAUGGAGGAUUUGAAGUGCACUCGGCAAAUUAUGACAGAUUAGAAAGCUCCCCUUGCCUUGUAGUCCGAGAGGAGUUAGAAGGAUUUGCUUUGCUCUGAGUCAGUCUAGUCCAUUUUAGAACAAGGCAGUCCCUUUCCCAUCCUUCCUGCAUUACAAUGAUGGGAGUUUGCCGUGCUGUAAACCGAUCUAGCUCGAACUAGAACAGCUCGGUGCUCUUCUUCCUGCAUUGGGAGGGGUGAUAUUGCGCUAGACCAAUCCAAGCCGAUCUAGAAUAAUGCCAACCUGAGUUGAAGCUGUGCGUGGGACUGGCGAAAUAAAACAAACCCUACGCGCCGUCAACAUUUUUCUUGCCGUGAAGCUGUUCGGCCACUAGGGGCCGCUGCUCAAAGCUUUCCCAUAAGCACAGACACUUGGGGGAGGAGACUUCCACGUGAUCCUGGGUGAGUCGAUCUGGUCACCGGAAAGCCAUAGAGCUGGGGCUGGGCAGUAUCGCGAGAGUUACUCUCCAAUCGCUAUGGAGACGGGGCCCAGGCUGUGCCCGGCGAAGAUGGAGUCCAGGCGGCGGGCAGGGCCCUGAAAGGCCGGGCCAUGGCGGAGGCCCUGCAGACCAAAAUAGUUGAAAACCAGCCCUAUGAUGAGAGUCUAGAGAUUAACGACUCAGAAGAGGUUGCCAGUAUCUACACACCAACUCCGCAGCAGCAAGGUCCGAGGUCCACAUGCCCACCGCUCAAAAGCAUGGCUGAUAACAGCAGUGAUGAGUAUGAUGAAGAAAUAAACAAGGAGAAGACGGUAGCCCAGUUGGCCACCCAGCGAGGAUUUAGUGAGAAUGAGGAUGGGGAGGAUGAGGACGACUCAUCUGAAACUGACUCGGAGGAUGAUGAUGAUGAUGAAGAGGAGCAUGGAGCCCCUCUGGAGGGUGCCUACAACCCUUCAGAUUACGAGUAUCUACCAGUGUCUGCAGAGAUUAAAGAGCUCUUCCAGUAUAUAAGAAGGUACACUCCACAAAUGAUAGAGCUUGAACACAAAAUGCAGCCUUUCAUUCCAGACUUCAUUCCAGCUGUUGGGGACAUUGAUGCCUUCUUAAAGGUUCCAUGUCCCAAUGGGAAGCCAGAUAACCUUGGCUUGUUGGUACUGGAUGAGCCAUCCACAAAACAGUCAGAUUCCACGGUGCUCUCUCUCUGGUUAACGGAAAACUCCAAACAGCACAAUGUUGCACAAAUAAAAGUGAAGAGCUUGGAGAAUGCAGAGAAGAAUCCCAAAGCCAUCGAUAACUGGAUCGAGAGCAUCAACGAGUUACAUCGCUUCAAACCUCCUGCUACUGUGCACUACACCAGGCCAAUGCCUGAUAUCGAGACUCUGAUGCAGGAAUGGUCCCCAGAAUUUGAGGAGCUCUUGGGAAAGGUAAGCCUUCCUACUGCGGACAUCAACUGUGGCCUGGCUGAGUAUAUUGACAUGAUAUGUGCUAUUCUGGACAUUCCUGUCUAUAAGAGUCGGGUCCAGUCCCUGCAUGUCCUCUUCUCGCUGUAUUCAGAGUUCAAGAACUCACAGCAUUUCAAAGCCCUGGCUGAAGGGAGAAAGGUAGGGGGUCCUCCAUCAAAUCCACCCUCACAAGCAGGAGAGACAGAAGUGUUAAGCUUCAGCUGAGAAAAACCCUUUCUUCAUGAGCUGGGACCUGCACCUCGGAGUAGAGCCUUGGCCUAAGCCAAUCAGUAGAGCAAGGCAAAGCAUUACUGAAACCUCAGUCUUUCUGUGUGUACUGGCAGAUGGACAGGGUACGACUCCGAUGAAUUAGCAGAAGUUAGAAUUUAGCUCAUGGUGUUUAAUUGUAAAUGCUGCAUGACCCUUUUCCUUUGGCUCAUUCCCAGAGUAUUCAGCAUUAAACAAGUGCUUGUGAGCGGGAGCACCUCAGCAAG